AUGGUCGUGGCUAUUACGGGUGCUGCUGUCUCCACUGUCACAGCGCAUGGCAUGCACCACUCGCACAAUGUGCGUAAGCUGCUUGCAGACAUGAGUGGUUUGGACAUGACGGCGUCGUCUUUAAUGGGCGAAAUAACAUCGGCUACUACGCCGGAGGAUGAGGAGUACAAUUGUCCUGUAUGCGGAAUGUCCACUAAGGAUAUGGGCUAUGACAAUUUGAAUUACAUUGAUUUUGCUAAUGGCCAGACUGUUUAUACGUGCGGCAUGGCGGCACGCUCUCAUAAAGACUACGAAAUCGACCUUACUGAUACGGCUUAUUUGGCCGCCAACAUGGCUGAGUUUAUUGUGAAUUCCUCGGCCACCGAGGAAUACGCCGAGUGCGAGAAUUCGUGCGAAGAGUGCGAGGACGGCAUCAAAGACCCCGUCACAGGUGACGACGUGACCACGUCUAACUACCAAUAUGUGUGUCUGACGAACGGCCAAAAGCUUUACUUUGCAUCCACGGCCAGCAAGGACAAGUAUUUGAGCAACGUUAACACAAAGCCGCGCUAUCUCGUGGACAGUAUAAUCUGCGAGAACAAGACGUGCUCCGACGCCGAGAACAUAACUGUGCUUAGCGCCGCGGCAGAGGCCUUUACGCCUGACCUAACCACUGUGAACAGCAGCGACUCAUCUUUUGCCAGCGACUCAAGCGACGCUACGAUAGUAAAAAGCUCUGUCAGUCUGAUUUUGGCGAUCGUGAGUGGCGGGCUGGCGGUGUUGGCCGCAAUGGCGUAG